UACGAAGUUCACAAACGCUCUGUAAUGUUAGCAAACGGCAGUUAGGUGCUCGCUGGCUUGAUGGCCAGCCAAGCGGUUUAGGGAUUUUUAAACAUAACCAGUUCACUUGGGUCUUCAGUUAGUCUUAUCUUUAAGACAAAGGCUAAGCUAACAGCCAACGUUCAUUUAGCAACCUAAAUAGUUAAGCCAAACAAAGUAGGUCAACAGUAAUCUGCUGCUAUCGCUAUCUGGUCCAUUGUCCCGAAUUAUAGUCAUGAUAGACUGACAUGGCAGAGAGAAUGGCAGAGAUGGAGGAAGACAUUGGAGAUGUGCCAGCCGGAGAGGAUGACAAUGACUCAGACAGAGAUGAAGAUGACAGGCUGUUUGCUUGGAUGGUAAAUGACGAUAUGGAUGAGGACGAGGUGGAGGAUGAACAGCCCUUGGACACUGAAGCAUCCGAGUCCUUUGAGUUGGAUACCCCAGCUGAGCGCAGUGGUCAUAUAGCAGUGGUUGACAGAAACAUCAUGUAUGUCUGGGGUGGAUACAAGAAUGCUCAAAACAACGGAUUCUAUGACUUGUACCUGCCGAGAAGUGAGAUCUGGACAUACAACAUGGAGUCAGGAGUAUGGACAAAGCAUUUAGCCGGAGGUAACCUGCACACAUCCAUGUCGGGCAGCUGUGGGGUUUGUGUGGAUGGAGUCCUCUACCUAUUUGGAGGUCAUCACACCAUGGGAAACACAAACAGGAUCUCCUGCAUUCUGUGCUGUGCUUUGCAGAUCUACCGCCUGCCCCUGAGAGCUCCCAGCCUCGUUUGGGAGGAAAUGAGGGAUCUGAAAGGACUCCCUCCAUCCUGCAAGGACAAGCUUGGGUGCUGGGUUCAGAAGAAUAGACUUAUAUUCUUUGGGGGCUAUGGCUAUGCUGCACAAGGACCUUAUCAAGGGACUUUUGAAUAUGAUGAAUCGUCUUCACUUGCGUGGGACAGCCCUGGGAGAGGCUGGAACAACCACAUCCAUAUCCUGGACCUGGAGACAUCUACAUGGAGCCAGCCUAUCACUACGGGGAACACCCCAUCACCCAGAGCAGCUCAUGCCUGCGCCACAGUUGGUAACCGAGGCUAUGUGUUUGGUGGACGAUACAAGAACUACAGGCUAAAUGACCUGUACUACAUCGACUUGGACACGUGGGAGUGGCAUGAAAUGAGCGUUCCCCAACAUGGUCCUGUGGGCCGGUCUUGGCACUCCUUCACUCCUGUGUCACCAGACCACAUCUUCUUAUUUGGAGGUUUCACCACAGACAGGGAGACACUGAGCGACGCUUGGCUGUACUAUGUGAGCAAAAAUGAAUGGAAGCCUUUCAAACACAGUCACACAGAGAGACCAAGGCUGUGGCACACAGCGUGCUCAGGUCCUGAUGGGGAGGUGUUUGUGUUUGGAGGGUGUGCCAACAACCUGUUGUCCAAUCGCAGAGCUGCUCAUAGCAAUGAGUUACUAGUUUUCAACGUUCAGCCUAAAUCACUAGUUCGGUUCUGUAUGGAGGCAGUCCUGCAGCACAGGGAGCGUUUGUCUAGUUACUGGGACUGCUUGCCUAAACACCUCCUGCACAGCCUCAAACAGAGAAUGGCACGUGUCAAUACAAUGGGCUCGUAGGCUGAGAGGAAGCCAUCAAUCUAAUCCGGAGGAUUACAGAAGAGUGUGUGUGUGUGUGUGUGUGUGUGUGUAAAAAAUCAGUGUCACCCUCAAAGCAGGUAGUCCUAUUGGAGUGUUAGUUUAAUGUGUGUGUACAAAAAAAAAAUCUAAGCAAUAGUGAACAGCUGUGGAACUGUUGGAAAUAGGUACUGACUGGCACACAAAGGUUCACAGGCGAUCCUCAAACUCUCCAUUACCCUUUUCUGUUAAUUAUCUUAUAUUGAACUCUUGCAAAGACAGAACCUUUUAGUGGAGUAGCAGUGAAGGUGAUUGUAGUUGAUAGUUUGGAAAGGGGGGCAGGACUUUGGCUUUGUGUUUUCGCAAAGUCCCUUUUCACCAUGAGUAUAGUAAAUCUUGUAGGUAUACAAGAGUCAAGGGCAAAGUUCUGCUCCUAUAAACAAACACACAUGCCAGUCACUUGCUAAAACAGAACCAAUGUUAAAUAUGUGUCUAAUGUCUUAACACUAAAUGCAGUGGUGCAAGGCUGAAGGCUUUUUGUUUUUGUUUUUUUUUUAGGGAGCCUGUUGCUUUAAUGUUGAAUAUUGGAUAGUUUUCACAGACCUAAAACUACUGCUUUGUUACGCAAGACUAUCUACUCUGAAGCCACAUAAAUGUUUAUUCUUAGUUUAUACACACACUCUUGUGAGGAAAUAUGGGGGUUCUUGUUCUCAAAAAAAGCUUUUAAACCUUUUAAAUUGUAAUUAAUGGCUCCUGUAGUACUUUCAUUUAAUCAACUUAAAUACUGCGAGUGUAUUGGAUGUUGAGCCACAUUGCACUGAAAUGCCUAAUGUCAGUAGGGCUUUAUUUGUAUUUGCCUGGUUUGCACAAUGUUCCCUUGGUGUUUUUUAUUGUAGAAUAUGGUGCAUAAUGUUACUUUAUACUCAAAGAAUAAACACAUACCAUAAA